ACCGCCAGCCCCGCCGCCAGUCCCCGCCCGGUGGCAGGCAGCGCCCCGGCUCCGUCCCCGGGUACCGGCGCCUUCCUGGGCUCGCUGUCCCCACGGCUGACGCCCGGUCCCUUCUCUCCGCGCAGGUCGGCGCUGACGACGGCGGUCGCCCGGCGGGGGAUCAGCCGUGCCGCAGCGCUAUGCCCGCUACCCGGCCGUGGCGGCUGCCCGCCCUCCUCCUGCUCUUGCUCCUCGGCUGCCGCGCCGCCGCCGAGGGCGACGCGUCCGUGCGCUCGUCAGGCCCGGGCGGGCAGAGCCCGACGUCCGGGACCCCUGCGGUGAGGGGCGCCGAGCUUAAUGCCUCCCGCCCGGCCGCGCUACCCAGGGGCGGUGGGGCGGCUGGCGGGCGGCCGCGUUCGGCCUCGCCCCCCAUGUGCACCGGUCAGACGGAGAUUAAGGAGACUUUCAAGUACAUCAACACGGUGGUGUCCUGCCUUGUCUUCGUGCUGGGCAUCAUCGGCAAUUCCACGCUGCUGCGGAUCAUCUAUAAGAACAAGUGCAUGAGGAACGGCCCCAACAUCCUCAUCGCCAGCCUGGCUCUGGGCGACCUACUCCACAUCAUCAUUGACAUCCCCAUCAACGUCUACAAGCUACUUGCAGAGGACUGGCCCUUUGGUGUUGAAAUGUGCAAAUUAGUACCCUUCAUUCAAAAGGCAUCAGUGGGCAUCACAGUGCUGAGUUUGUGUGCCCUCAGUAUAGAUAGGUACCGAGCAGUUGCUUCUUGGAGUCGCAUUAAAGGAAUUGGAGUGCCAAAGUGGACUGCUGUUGAAAUUGUACUGAUCUGGGUUUUGUCGGUGAUACUGGCUGUUCCAGAAGCUAUUGCAUUUGACAUGAUUACGAUGGAGUACAGAGGAAAAGAUCUUAGAAUCUGCUUGCUUCACCCCACACAGAAAACAUCCUUUAUGAUGUUUUACAAGCAAGCUAAAGACUGGUGGCUGUUCAGCUUUUACUUCUGUUUGCCACUGGCUAUUACAGCAUUUUUCUAUACUCUUAUGACCUGUGAGAUGUUACGAAAGAAAAGCGGGAUGCAGAUUGCUUUAAACGACCACUUAAAACAGAGACGUGAGGUGGCCAAAACUGUGUUCUGUCUGGUACUUGUUUUUGCCUUGUGUUGGCUCCCACUUCACUUAAGCAGAAUAUUGAAACUCACUAUUUAUGAUCAGAAAGACCCCAACAGAUGUGAACUUUUAAGCUUUUUUCUUGUGAUGGACUACAUUGGUAUUAACAUGGCUUCACUGAAUUCCUGCAUCAAUCCGAUAGCUCUGUAUUUGGUGAGCAAAAGAUUCCAAAACUGCUUUAAGUCAUGCUUGUGUUGCUGGUGCCAAUCCAAAGAUCUGUUGUCCCUGGAGGAAAGGCAGUCCUGCCUAAAGUUCAAAGCUAAUGAUCACGGAUAUGAUAAUUUCCGCUCCAGUAACAAGUACAGCUCUUCGUAAAACAAGCAUAAAAUAUAUGUUCUCCUACAUUAAUGCUGGUGCCUUUUUAAGUAAAAGUGGCAAUUACUUUUAAUGAGAUAGUAACGUUUAGAAAAAUCCAGUUCUGUGUUUGCACGGAAAAAGAACAUUAAAAGAAGUUGCCCAAAAUUGUGUCACAUUGAAAAGCGCAGAUAUUUAUAAAAUCAUCAUUUAUGGAACAUGAAGAAAAAUGCAGAAAGAACAAGUCAUUGUUAGCACUUGAAUACUUUUGAAUCAGCACUUCCAAAUGAAACCCGCUUCCUGUGCAUUAAACGAUCGUUUGUAUUCACUAUAACAGUUGUAGGAACUGAAGUCACAGUAAUUACUAAGCAGUAUAAUAUAAUGUUAAUUGGAUCAAAGCCAUUAUUAUAUAUAACUUAGUGUAUUAUCUUUUAUAAAGCAGAUUAACCACCAUCACUGUUGUGGGAUUUUUUAAAAUAAAACAUGAAAUACAUUGUAAUAGAAGUUGAAUGUAAAAAAAGUGGAAUUUUGUCAGGGAUAUUUUAGACAUAGCUAAUGAAAAUAUUAAAGGACACAGUUAAAUCACAAGUGCAUUUCACUCUGAUUAUUGUUUUUACCUAUUAGUGUUAGAAAGAACCUCCUGUGCCCUCUAUAAAUACCAUUCUGUAACCACUGUGCAUGUUCAUUGCAUUUGGCAGCACUCUGGGUAUGGUCCAUAUCACUGUUUCCAUGUUAUUUGUAUUUAAAGACAGUGGAGGAAAGAAAAAUAUACCAAAAGUAAAAAUUAAUACUACUAGAACCAUACAGAUGAUGGCUAGUAUUGGAAAUCAACUAUUUUGAACUGAAAAUGAAUUGAUUGUAUCCUGUGUAAACAGUGGGCAUUCACGAGCAUUGUGGUUCUUUACUUGAGACACUUUUGCAGCAAUUUACAACUGUUUUUACAAUACAAAUACUGUCUUGGGGCAAAAUCUUCUGAAAAUAGCAGGUACAAAAAAAUGUACCCAAGGAAAACAGGGAGAAUUUGAACUUCUAUUUUCAUUUAAAUCUUCAUAAAGAAAAUUAUUCACAAACUGUACUUGUAGAGAACAGUACUAUGUUGUGCAGUCGUUUCUGUAGUCCUGUGUUUAUGGGCUUAAGAAGAUGUGUGAUUAGUUUCUGCUUCUGUAAAUAGUUUAGUGAAGCAUAAAUAAUUGUAAAGUAUUAAAAUACGGGCAGGACCCUGCAAGAAGACAGAAAGGUAAAGAUGCCUGUAGUAAACAUGAUGUGUGUUGCCGGGAGCAAUGCAUGUUUUGUACAUACAUGACAGGGCAUUCUUUGGCUUUUAAUUUCCUAUUAAUUUGUUACAGAUGUCCCCAAAGACUUAUUAACAUAUUUUGUGCAUUAAAGCAUGAGUUUUUCAAGAAAAAAAUGUCAUGUAACAUGCUUUUAUAAAAGACAUGUUUUCAAUAGUCAUGGUAUUUUAUUGUAAUAAAAAUAUUUAUCAAGACUCAGGAAUUUUUAUUUUUUUUAAAUUUCCAAAUUUCACAUGUAAGGAUUUUUACUUUUUUUUUCCCAGUUUCUAUUAACUUCAGAUUUUUUUAAUAAAGUGCCUUAAAUAUGCUCAGGGUGAAAGCAGUUUUCAUUAAAAUGUUCAGUUGAUGUUAACCUUAGGUAGGUGUCAUCUCAUCUGACUUUACGUAGCUGCAGCUACCUUUCAGACAGCUAAAAAACAGGAGAGGUGAACCCCAUUCCUGGUAUUUCCCCCAUCAAAAGCUAGUAAGGGUAUUCUUUUAUAAUCAAGCUGAGGACCAAUGCACAUGCAUUUGAGCAUGGGCACAUAUUGUGUUUGUGCGUGUGAGUGUGUAUGCAAGUGUAUAUGUUGUCUACCGUUAGGUUGCUCUUGCCAUCUUUCUGCAACACAUGCACCCAACUGCUACAAUGCUGAACUUUUAUAAAUAUAAAUCUAUUUAAAGUUUCGUUCUUUGCAUUUUUACACGAACUUUCGCGGUAACUUACUCAUGGUAAGCCAUGAAUAUCACUUCACUUUACCUUGCCUGCAUCUAUUUCCGUGAAAUGCAUUUCAUCUGUUAAGGAUGGAUAAUCAAUUAAAUACUAAGUUUGAUACUGAUCAGUAUUAUUUUCAUCGAGUUAUAGCAUUACACUAUUGUACAUAUAUAUUAUUGUUAUUUUUAUUUAAAAUAUAACUGUUUUAUUGGCAACUGUGUAACAUUUUUCAUUUUUUUUCAUGGACUAAUUCUUUAAGACAAGUCCUCUCAGUCAGACAUAUAGGUUUUGCAAAUAUACUGUCCACUUUGGAGUUAAUAUAUACAUAUUAGUAGACUUCUUGUAUUUUCUGCUCUUAAACAGUUCUAGCUGAGAUUAAAUCUCAAUACUGAACACAGGCAUUUUCUCAAGUCUUCAGUACAGCUCUAUUCCUCCAUUCACUGAAAUCGAUGAAUGUUUAACUAAUUCGGUUGGAACAGAAUUAGGGCACAGCAAUAGUAUUCUUUCAAAAACCUAGCUGAUGUGCUACCUUGGACAAGGAGUUGUUUAGAAAAGUUAGGAAAAAAAGAUCUGCUCGCAGGGGUAAACCAGGUAGUCUAAGGCCAUUUAAGCCUUAAACAGGGGGUCACAGGUAGCAGAACAACUGUGCAGAGGCACAUGCAUCUUUAUAGGAGUUCAAUGUGCUUGCCCAGAGUGAUGUGACAGAGUAAGAAGAAUCAUCUGUCCCAAUGGCCUGAAGAGUUGACACAGCAUGGCUUAAGAUGAAAAACCAAACUUGUAAGUAACUACAUCACUUCUCUGUGUUUUGGCCUUCAGACAGAUUUUACUUCCCCAGCUGCUCUGAAUUUUGCUUGCAUACAGCUCUCUUGGACUUAAGAGAGGGUAUUUUGAACUGAGUGGACUCAACUGAUACACUGGUACUGCACUUCAGAGAAUCAAAUGCAAAAUGUGAUGGUUAUGGAGCAUCUGCUAUGAGCUGUGGUGUUUAAGUGUCCCAGACAGCUCUUAAUCAACAUGUAGCUGGCUUAGCAAAAGAAUGUUGUAUGUACUGAAAUAAUGUUAAAAGGAUUUUUUUUUUUAAUUGUUUUGUGUAGCUGUGUAAAACAAUUCUAUAUUUCAUUUUCUGUGGUCAUUUAAAAUAGCAACAUUUUGGCUCAGACAAUGUAAACAUACUAAAAUAUUUGUAAACAUACCAAUAAAAUAUUUGUGAUUUUAA